AUGAGUCCACCGACAAUAGCCAUUUUCCUAAUCUUCUUCUCAUGUCUCUGGAUCUUGAUCCAAACUCUAAUCUCAAAGUUAAAGAAGAAAAAACUUCCACCUGGCCCCUGGUCACUACCAAUACUUGGCAACCUUCAUAUGCUAAGCAACCUCCCACAUCGAAGCCUCCAUGACUUGGCCAAAAAAUAUGGACCCAUAAUGUCUCUACGUCUUGGCAACAUUCCCACCAUCGUAGUCUCUUCCCCAGAAGCUGCAGAGCUAUUCCUUAAAACCCAUGACGCCAACUUUGCUGGCCGACCCAGAUUCCAAGCCUUAGACUUCAUGUCCUCUGGUGUGGGUCUAGCUGAGUACGGUCCGUACCAGCGCCAUGUUCGGAAGCUCUGCUCACUUCAUCUUCUGUGUCCCUCGAAAUUACAGGUUUUUGCUCCGUUGAGAAGGGAGGAGAUAGGACUGAUGGUGCAGUCGAUGAAGAACGCUGGAGAGAAAGGUGAACUGGUAGAUGUUAAUGAGAAGAUUUUUGAGCUGAAUGAGGACAUAAUGUAUAGGAUGGUAUUGGGUUGCAAAACGGAUGAUAGGUUUGAUUUGAAGGGGAUUCUUAAAGAGACUUUUCUCGCAUUGGGGGCAUUCAAUUUAGCUGAUUUUUUUCCUUACCUUUGUUCACUUGAUAUUCAGGGAUUGAGUAGGCGCUUCAAGAGAAAUAGCAAGAGAAUUGAUCUACUCUUGGAGACCAUAAUUCAGGACCAUGAACAAGCUAACAAGACUGAGAUGAGGAGUGGACAAAGAGGCCAUGACCAUGACUUUGUAGACAUGUUACUUUCGUUAAUGAACCAGCCAUUAAAUUUCGACGGGCAAGUACACCUGAUGGACCGAACAAACAUGAAAGCAAUCAUAUUCGACAUGAUCGUAGCUUCUACCCACACUUCAGCUGUCAUGGUUGUAUGGAUCUUCUCUGAGCUCAUGCGCCAUCCGAGGGUCAUGAAAAAUCUCCAACAAGAGCUCGACAGCGUGAUUGGCAAGGAUCGAAUGGUUCAAGAAGUUACUGAUUUGCCAAAGCUAGGUUACUUGAAUAUGGUGGUGAAGGAGACCUUUAGACUCCACCCUGCUGGACCGUUGCUAUUUCCACAUGAAUCCAUCAAUGAUACUACGGUUCAAGGAUUCAAGAUAGCUAAGAAAUCUAGAAUUCUAAUAAAUGUUUGGAGCAUUGGAAGAGAUCCUAAACUUUGGUCAGAAAAUGUGGAGGAGUUCUAUCCUGAAAGGUUCUUGGAUAGCAAAAUAGACCUCCAAGGACAAGACUUCCAGCUCAUACCAUUUGGAUCAGGUAGAAGAGGGUGUCCGGGUAUGAAAUUAGGCCUAACCACAGUUCAGUUAGUGGUUGCACAUUUGGCGCACUGCUUUGACUGGGAGCUACCAGGUGGGUUGCAACCUCAAGACUUGGAUAUGUCUGAGAAAUUCGAAAUGUCUUUGGAGAAAGCCGUUCACGUACUUGCCAAGCCGACCUACCGCCUGCAUAUAUAA